CAGCGUCGGCCAGCAGGCCGGCAAGCAGCCCACCCCGCGUCGUCCGCGUCGAGUGGCGGCUCGUGCCGUGCGGCGCCGGCGCGUCGGCUGGGCGCUCCGUGCUGGAGGCCUACCUGGCGGACGGCAGCAGGUCGCGGCUGGAGAGGCUACCCGACGCGGGCGUGGUGGAGUCCUCCUUCUCGCCCGAAGAGGGUGGACUGGUGGGGCAGCUGUACAAGGGCCGCAGGGCCAGUGGCGAGCAGUUGGUACGGCCGUUCGGCGCCGCCGAGCUUCGCCACCUGGCGGCCGCGUGCGGCGCCCGCCCGUUCUGCCCCCUGAGCAGGAACGGGCACCACUUCGUGCGGGACCUGUGGAACGCGGCCGUCGCGGGGCCGCUCCGCAGCAGCGACUGCCCCGAGAGGCGGCGCAGCGCGCUCCUGCGGGGCCUUGCCCAGCCCCUCGGCUGAUGGGCCGAU